AUGAAGAAGAAGAAGGUUACUCGAAAGCCUGCAUCAAGAUCAAGGAAUGAGGAGGCCAUUAAAUCCACGCCAUUGCCAGAAUCCUCUUUGAAGAAUCAACAUAAUCUACAGUCAGAGGAAGAUCUACCUUCACUUUCUACUGAAGGUAAGCAGCAGAUGAAUUCGUUGAGCCCGGUUAGAGAUGGUGAUCCACUUCACCUGGUGGACGAAGAUAUGGAUAUGAAUACGGCUACGCUUGCUGAGAAGGAUAAUUUUCAAGCUUCUGUUCAAUCUCAUUGGGCAAAUCUUAGAGAUAAGCUUCUUAUCAAUGAGGCGACUAAGCUUCAUUAUGAGGAGCCAAUUAUGAAAAAUGGAAAGAAAGUAGCUCAAAUCGAUUUGGCUGAAGUUGCAGAACAGGCUCAGAAUUGGAACUCAGCUGUGAUAUGUAUGGUAUUGGGAGCCAAUCUCCCAUUUGCUGUGUUUGAAGGCUUUGUAAAACGAAUUUGGGGUCACUUGGGUAUUGAACGGGUUGUGAGGAUGCAUAUGGGACUCACCAUUGUCAAAUUCAAUGAUGAGGCUACUAGAGAUUUUGUUUUGGAGAAUGGCAUUGUGCAGUUCGACAGGAAGCCAGUUAUUAUGCAACCUUGGACUCAAGAUCUAGACAGUAUCAGGUUAGUUCGCUUUGUACCCCUGUGGAUCCAACUAUCUAAUUUAGGUCUGCAAUAUUGGGGAAAAAAAUGUCUAAGUGCCUUGGUUAGUACAAUUGGGAAACCUAUUAUGGUGGACAAGUUUACAAAUGAUAGGUCUAUGAUCAGGUUUGCUAGAGUUCUUGUUGAAAUGGAGAUUACUGAUGACCCUCCAUUUAUCAUAUAUUUUGUCAAUGAGCGUGGACAGAUUCAAGAACAGUUUGUUGAAUAUGAAUGGCUCCCCAUAAAAUGCAAGAAUUGCAAGGGCUUUGGUCAUUAUGUAACUGAUUGUAAGAAAACUGACACUAAGGUUUGGGUUACAAAGAGCAAGACAGAACAGGAACUUGCCAGUUCUGUUCCCGUUGUUGCAGAUGCCAAGGCCAAUAUAGGAGAAACAUCUGGUGUUAAUGAGGCUACUAAAGUAGUGGAAGCAAAGCAAAAUGAAUCUGGGAUAGAUAUUCGAGAGGCUGCUGAAACUCAGGGUAGUUCACAGGUCUAUCUUAUAUCACGUACUCAAGCUAAUAAAGAGAACUGGGAAGUCCCUAAGAAAGUUGGGAACUCUAAGAGUAGAGGCAAGACUGUGAGCACAAAUUUGGACAACAAACAGAAUGUGUUCAAGGUUCUUCAAGAACAGGAAGCAAGGGAGAAAAAUGGGUACUUAAUUGGCUCAAAAUCUGAUGGAUUGCUCAAAUAUUCUUAG